AUGAAGUUCGGGAAGAGCAUCUGCGUGCUCAACGUAGGGGGAACCCGGUACGCCUUCACCCGUGAGGUGAUCAGGGAUUUCCCUCUCCGGCGCGUCAGCCGCCUGCAUGCCUGCGCAACCGAGAAAGAGGUUCUUGAACUGUGCGACGACUACGACCGGGACCGGAAUGAGUUUUUCUUCGAUCGCCACGCACAGGCUUUCGUGUUCAUUAUGCUCUACGUGCGCUCCGGUAAACUCCGGUUUGUUCCCGGAGUGUGUGAGCUGUCCUUCUACACUGAGAUGCUCUACUGGGGACUGGAGAGCGCGCACUUGGACUCCUGCUGCCAGAAGCGCCUGGACGACAGGAUGUCUGACAUCGGACUGGACAGUCUGUCCGAGGGGGACAUUAGGGUGUCCGCGGACGAGUCUCAGAGCCCGGAGGAGUCGGUGCCGCGGACUGCGCUCACCGGUCGCGCUAGAUGGCUAGAGAUGAUGCGCAAAACAUUUGAGGAGCCCAGCUCUUCCCUUGCAGCGCAGCUUUUGGCUUCAGUGUCCGUGAUCUUUGUCAUCGUUUCUAUGAUAAUGCUGUGCGCCAGCACGCUGCCGGAUUGGGAUACAGCCAAAAGAAACACUGUGGAGGAGCACAGGAUCGUGGAGGCAGUGUGCAUUGGCUGGUUCACAGCUGAGUGCAUAGUGCGCUUUCUGGUGGCCAAAGACAAGUGGGAGUUCCUCCGCAGGCCGCUCAACAUCAUCGACGUGAUCGCCAUCACCCCCUACUAUGUCACCAUGGCGAUGGCCCGGGCGGGGAUGCCUGGCGCCGGGCUCGGGGUCGCCGGCGUGAUCCUGCGGGUGCUGCGGAUGAUGCGGGUGUUCUGGCUCAUGAAGCUGGCCAGACACUUCCUGGGCCUGCAGACUCUGGGCCUGACGCUCCGGCGCUGUUACCGGGAGAUGGUGAUGCUGAUGGUGUUUGUGUGCGUUGCCAUGGCGAUAUACAGCGCUCUGGCCCAGCUCCUGGAGCACGGCUUGGACUUGGGCACGCAGAACCACGACUACGCCAGCAUCCCGGCCGCUGCCUGGUGGGUCAUCAUCUCCAUGACGACGGUGGGGUACGGAGAUGUGUAUCCGGUGACUAUUGGGGGGCGAGUGCUCGGCGGGAUGUGCGUGGUGAGCGGCAUCGUGCUCCUGGCUCUGCCCAUCACCUUCAUCUACCACAGUUUCGUUCAAUGCUACCACGAACUCAAGGUGCGCUCCGCCAGAUACGCGCGCAGCCUUUCUGCAGAGAUGCUGCAAUGAAACGCGCAUUUAUACCAAACAAAAGCAACUCAUCAAAUCACUGGAUCCCAUUGUUAAAUUAUGAUGCCAGCUGCCCUGUAUGUUUGUGUGUGUGUUUUUUUAUAUUUCCUGCACCUGAUUUUAUUUGCUGCCUGUUGUGUGAUGAUCUUGCCUUCAGCCAGCAUGCUCUGCUCUUGCCUCCUGGAAAAAAAAACACAACACACAGUUUGAACAGGCUAACAGGAACACACAAAUAAUUACUUAUUUAACACACCCAGGUGCAGUCAAUCCGGUUUUUGCUGUGGCUGCUGUUUACACUGUAUUCCCAUGGUUACUGGCAGGGACGGCUGCAAGGAGAGAGCAGUGUGUGUUUGUAUUUUUCUGACCAUCACUUUGUCUAAAGCUUUGCACCCAGAUGGUACAAGUUACAUGAGAUUGAUGUGUGACCUAGAUGCAUCCUGUUAAACCUGCGAAAUAAAAGAGAAGGGGCGAGCAUGCGAGUGCAAAGUGGGGAUGGAGAAGGGGUUAGGCAGAGGGCUUUGGUGUGUAGGAGGACGUUAAUGACAUAUGAAGACAGGUCAGCGGGAACAAAGAGGUGACAGACAAUAAAGGAGAUAUGACAGGACAGAUGGAGUGUGAAAUGGAUGGUGAAAGAAUAUGGAACCAAAAAAAUAAUAAACAAUGAAGGAAUGUAGAGAGCACAAAGAAUGAAUAGAUGGAGUGUAUAUUGCUUCUCCAUUUGAGAGUGAAUGUAAGGCAUUUUGUAUUUCUGUGUCUCCAAGGCAACCUCGUCCUCCAACAUGUCAAUCAUAAUGGUGGUUGAUUUGUGUGCACACAAAUAGUCUACAUCCACGCAAACCUCCUGGCUGGCAAACACCACUUUUUCUUCUUCACUAUGAUUAUUGGGAAUAUCACAUCACAGGAUAAGCUUUAAAAAAAGAAGUGUAGAAACAAAAUGAACAGUAGAGGUUGUCACAGAUGAUGGUUCUGACAUUCGUGAUUCAGACAUGUUUGCACAGUCCGCACUUUGCCAAAAUGAUAUGAUUUGUUGAGGAGACACAUGAUCCAAACAAACAAGUCAACACCUCUCCCACACAACAGUCUUUCUCUGCAUCUCCUCUCCUCUUCCUCCUGUUGCCAUCAACCGUCCUUUUUUUUUGUUGCACACAAAUGAGCACACAUCCAGAUCCUGUUCUUGUGUUGCAAAAUGAAACCCAACAGUUAAUGAGUCUGUCAUGAUCUUUGCAGCCCUGUAUGAGUUUGGCGUGCACUGUGGCCAUCGCAAUAUCCUCGUUGUUGUUGUUAUCGGUGUGCUUUUUUUUUAUAGGUAGUUUGGCUGCCACAGAAAUUAAAUUAAAACCCAAUCAGUAUUUUAUUACCUACCUUAUAAUACAUAAAUCAUGUAGCAUAGAUUAGAGCCCAGUGGAUUUUGGCCUGGCCUGAUUGAAACUAUCAAUCUCAACUUUUUUCAUCGAUACACUAUGGAGCUGUAAUUAAUGUGAUCAAUGUGUGAGCUUUUUUAAUAAAAUUACUCUGUGCAAAAUGUCUGUGAAUGUUAU